CUGAAAGGUUGCGGUAACAAAACCCCGGACCCAGAUUGGAGCCGAAGCAGAGGCGGCCGCAGCCAGGCUUCCAGUCGGCAAAACAGUCCGCCUCGAGAAACGACCGCAGCUCCGAUCGCCCCGCGAUCCAGAAGAGCUUCGAGAGUGGCUCGCCAACAUAGUUACGACGAAGAAGUGAAAUCCGGAGCCGCACCUGCCAACAACGUGGACAACGGCCUCGCAUUACCUCCGCCUAUGCCCAGGAGGGCCUCCGCCUAUGACGUUUUCUCGGUGCCUGGUUUGAGCACAGUGACUGCUCCUGCUGGUGUCGGCCGAAGAGCUUCGUUCAGAAUCGCAGCUCAAGAACCAAGCAGUCCUCCGAGUCCGGAAACUGGUUCCCCCGCAGUCUUGGUGGCACCUGAAGAAGAUCGUAGAACGCGAAGAAGAGGAUCCCACUUGCCGGACAUAGUGGGACUGCGCCCGCUAGCUGCUCCAAGACCAACCCCGGCUUUAGAAGAUUUAGAGGCGGUUCCAAGGCGACAAGCCUCUGUGGACGCCGAAGCUAUUCGAAUAGUUAUACACGAUGUUGAUUCCGGUACGGCGGCUGCUGCUCAGAAAAGAGUGGUUCUCAGGAGAGAUCCCACCGACAAAGCUCACAGAACCCGCGGCUUCGGGAUGCGCGUCGUGGGCGGCAAGACGGCUCCCGACGGCCGCCUCUUCGCCUACAUCGUGUGGACCGUCCCGGGGGGACCCGCCGAGAAAGGCGGUCUCCAGCAGGGCGACAAAGUCCUUGAGUGGAGCGGCGUCUCGCUCAUCGACCGCUCCUUCGAAGAGGUGUGUUCCAUCAUGGACAGAACCGGAGACAUGGUGGAGCUGCUGGUAGAACACGCCACCGAUCUGCGGAUGUGCGAUCUAUUGGACGACCCCAUACCACCGUCGAGCUCGCUGGUCACGAGGAAGCCGUCAGAAGCGGGGAUCGCAGCACUGCAUAUAGGUAUUGUUUCAGAACCAGAUGGAGACAAGGCGCCUUCUUCCCCAACAAGACGGAAACUACCCAAAACUCCGGAACAACUUGCCAGAGAACGUUGUGUUUCCGGCAGAAUUCAAAUUCAAGUGUGGUACCAUGACGAAAGGAAAGAAUUGGUCGUGGCAGUUCUUGCUGCCGACGAUUUGGCAGCCCGAGAUGACAGCUUGGGUUUUGGAUCACUUCCAGAAGCAUAUGCUAGAUUGUGUUUAUUGCCGCUAACCGCUGAAGAGCAUUGUGUACAAACGGAAGUAGCCCCUGCAAGCCAAAACCCCAUAUGGAACGCCAACCUCAGCUUUCCAGGUGUACCAGGAGAUGAGCUGAUGGAGAGGGUCCUGGAAAUCACUUUGUGGGAUCUAAUCCCACACAACGAACAUGCUUUCCUAGGUGAAUGCUCAGUAGAUAUACAAAAGGCAUUCCUGGAUGAUAGAGCGGUGUGGUGUAGGUUAGAAGACCCUAGGCAGUUGCGUGGCAAGUCACCGCACACCUCUCCCAGAGGCUCCAUUGCUGCAGGAACAGGAAAAAGAAGCGAUUUUGGCAAUCAGAGAAGUGUUUCUGAUGACGUAGACUCCAUCGGAGAAUGCGCUAGCCUUCUCCACCCUGACCAUGCUUGGGGUUCCAGAAGAGGAUCGUCUCAAUCGGAACAGCUGGAAGUUGAAGUCUAUGAACUAGGAAAGGACUUCUCUAGGUCUCUUCCUGGUUCAAGGCGAUCGUCAUUCCAAUCUGCGCAGGAACAACAGGAUCAAGACAGACCUGCUGUACCCCCUCCAGCUUCGUAUAGUAGAGACAGACGGCGAAGUAGUUGUACCAGAAUGCUCAGAGAUCCUGAAGAAAUACUGAAAUCUCUGAAAGCAGUAAAGGGAGAACUGGGGAGAACGAUGAGUUUGUCAGGGGAAAAGAGACACAGAAGAUCUACUAGUGGAGCCUCCAACAGGGACACUCGUAAAGACAGCGUAAUGGAAAUCGCAGAAACAGCUAAAGAGAAUAGCCCCCCUUCUAGUCCUGAACGCACAUCCCCGCCCCAACUUGGCCCCGGCCAAAUCAAACCUCGAGGUUUUCGACUCUCCAGCACCCGCCCUGUGGAAAUCAAGCUGGGUCUGUUGAUGACCAAGGGCCAGCUGGAAGUGGAAGUCGUAUGCGUGAGGCACAUACCUCCGAGAGAAACCCCUCCAGACACUUAUGUGAAGUGUUACCUGCGCGACGGUGACCGAUGGUUGCAGAAGAAGAAGACGCGCGUCGUGAAGCACUGCUGCGAGCCUCAGUUCCGACAGACUCUCAAGUACCAAGCUUGCGACGUUCUCGGUCGUAGCUUGGUGGUGAUGCUCUGGGAAAGACAGGGUGGAUUUGAGCACAAUCAGGGAUUAGGCGGAGCGGAGGUAAUACCUGAGUUUUUUGCUACUUGA